AUGACAGACCCCCUCUCCAUCGCCGCGAGCGUCGCGGGACUGGCUCUACUUGCAAGAGAUGUUGCGAAAGGGAUCAAGGAAGUGAAUAGUGCCCUCAAGGGAUCCGGAACCGAGCUUACCAGUCUCUAUAAUGGAGUUAUAUCUCUUUACUCUGUUCUCCAAGGCGCCCAGCUCGUGAUGGAGCAGAUGGACGACUAUUUUCUUAGAGACACGGCACCCGGAGAUAUCGUCUUCGCUUGCAAUGACACGUUCGAAGCCAUACACAAGCUGCUCAAGAAAGACAACCUGGAUCUUAAGGCCGGCUUCGCUAGCACGAAAAAAAUCGGACAGAAUUCCCUCUCCGUGAAUGCAAAAGGGCGAUGGAAUACCUUGAAGCAAGCCACUCGCUGGUAUCUCAAUAAAGAAGAGGUGGAAAAGCUAUGCGCUGAUCUUGAGAGCCACAAGACCAAACUCGCUCUCGCCAUGUCCAGAGACUCGAUGACGGCGCUAGUAGAGGUGCUGAAGUCCCAGAAUUCAAUGUCUCGCCACUUGCAUGACAUAAGGAAGAUUCAGGCAGAAAUCAGAGCCGGCCAAAUUCAGGAAAGCAAACGCCAAUUGAACGAGAAACAGGCAAGAAUGAUGGAAGACUUCAGUGAUGUCGAGCCGCAAGAGGCGCUGGGAAAACACCUUCAACUCCGCCAGCAAGGAACAGGGACCUGGUUUUUGGAAGGUCCACACUUCCAAAACUUCCUGUCCAAGAAAAACUCGAGCCUUCUGCUGUAUGGUAUACCAGGUGCUGGGAAAUCAGUCCUUAGCGCUACCAUCAGCGAGUGCAUCAAUGACCUUCGUACGCGGACCGUCGCGGCGGCGUUCUUUUUCUGCGAGCACUAUUAUCCCGAGACCCAAGGCGCCCGCAACAUUCUUGCGUCUCUUGCAAAACAGCUUGCAAUCCAGAAUGACGAUGCUUUUUCCAAACUGGAGGCAUUCCACAAGGAACACACGUCAUUAGAAAAAUUCAGUGUCGACGGUCGAUCAAUGCUGAAUUUACUCCGGGAUCUCUCGAAAUCAUUCGACACCACACUCAUAGUGGUAGAUGGUCUUGACGAGUGUCUCGAAGGUCGAACCGAGAUGGUCCAGAUCUUGUCCGAACUGAGCAAUCCGGACGAAGGCUCAAUCAAAACAUUGUUCACCAGCCGAGACGAGAGUGACGUUCGCAACAAUCUCACUGGAUUUCAAAAUGUUGAAAUCAAGGCGGCCAAAUCCGACAUCAGGCUACACGUUGCCGCACAGCUGGAGUCACCGCGAUUCAGGAGCAUUAGCACAAGUAAUACUGGUCUGAAAGAAGAGAUUCUUCAAUACCUAGUAGAGAAUUCAGGUGGAAUGUAA